GUGUGUGAGAGAGAAGGUGAGAAUAGGGGUUUUAGGGUUUUGAAGUCACAGUUUUCCGCUCAAUUUGCUGAAGAUUCUGCGGGUUCCAUCGAAGCGAAAUGUGGUGAAUUCGUUAGUUUUGUGACUCUCUUUCGGAUCUGAGAUUCCCCCACCAGAUGAUUCACGGAACAGUUUUUUAUUCGGCUUUUGAAGCUCCAAACGAGUGUAUUGAUUUGCGGAUGUGAAAUUUUAUUAACUGUGUUUUUGCUUCCUUAUGGAAGCUCAGUUACUGCCGAAAAGUAGCAGGUCAGUGUUAAAAAGGCUCGGGCAUUACGAAAUUGGAGGCUGUUUUUGUUGUAUCACCCGACUGUACACGCCAUUCACGAUUGUUGAUUAGAUUGUGUUGAGAAAAAUGCACGUAAUUGCGGUUAUCAUGUGCCGAUGCAGACGUAUUGUUAGUCAAUCGACAAUGUAAUCGCAGUGUUGUGAAACACACUGAAUUCAUUUUGCUUGAUCCUUUAUCGGGUGUGGGUCUGUGAACGCAGCCUGUGUUUAUCUUUGGUUGCUGCAGCAAGCUCUAUUGAAGUAGUACUGAAUGGUGAAGGCAUGGAAAAAUUGAGGAGUGAGCUUGUUUGAGUGCUCUAGAGCAAGGAGUGCCUCACUUGGAAGAAGAGUGCAGGGGUUAGUAUCAACUCAACUUCUUCGAGUGGGCAUUUGUUCCUCUACUUGGGUACCGGAACAAAGACCAAUCUGGGCAUCAUCUAGAGCAUUUGGGUGCCAAUUUUCAAGGAGAAUAUGCAAGAGUCAGGUUCUUAGAUUGCGUUUGAUUGUUGCACGGGCUGAAUGGCUAGGCAAGUGCACCUUUUUUGGUGCAUGAUAAUUACUUUGGUUGGGUUACUCGGAGCUAGACGAGUUGUUUGCACUGCCGAUGAGGAACUGUUCCAAUGGAAAAGGCUGACCCAGGAGAAUUUCACGUCUAUUCAUAGCAACGCCUUCACUCUCUGCAUCGUCAUGUUAUCCUGGUGUGGUGAGGGCAGAAGCCUGAUUAGAGAAAUAUCUACGUUAGUGAAGAACAGCCCUGACGAGUUCACUGCAUUACACUAUCGAUACGUCUAUGUUAAUUUGGAUCGCUCUGCAGUGAAAUCAUUGCCAACAAUUCGGUCACCAUCCGUUUUCCUAUUUCACAAGGAAAUUCCUUUCCUUUACAAGGGAAGGCUCUUAGGUUCUCAUAUUUUAGAGGGUGUGCGGUAUGGGAUGAGGUCUAGCGAGAGCGGUUUUCCGGUACAACGUCUAGAAACCUCUGAGAAUGUCAUAGCCUUUGCUGGAUCGUCUGAUCGAGUAUUCUUUUUCUUGGAUUUCUGUGGUCUCUGCAUUGGUGAUGACGAAGAAAUGAGACAUCAGCCGUUAUCAGGUACACCGUUAUCUGACAUUUCGAAGGAGAAACAUAAUGAUGAAUUGGGACCUAAAUCACGUGGUGACGAAAACGCGGUUCGUGCUGAGAAGAGUCCUAGUCCUCACGCGUCGAAGAAUGCACAAUUAGUUGACGAUCUGGAGGAGUUGGUGUUGGACACUCCACCACAUUUGUCAGAGGCGACAAUAGGCUUGCACACGUGGACAGAGGUCAUACUACCAGCAGUUGAUACCAUGUCCACAAAUGCAACUAAAAUUGGAACAAGAGUUGACCCUAGUUGCAUAGAAUGCACGGAGCUUGAAAAGAGACGCUGUAGGAAUGUGUUUGAGAACUUCACCCAGGCCGCUGCUAUGAAUGCAUUGACUCCUUACAGAAUCAAAUUCGGCCUAAUUUCAAGUAAGUCAGUUGCAGCUGAAUCGGGGCUCAUCGAUCAAGGGGAUUCUUCAUUAUGGAAGUUGAUGGGAGUAGUUCAAGAGCCUUUCCGAGUGCCUGAUGUUUAUGAGGGCGAAGGUGACGUAGGAGACUUUAUUGCUAGUGUAUCUCCGUCUCUAGUAACAGAGCUGAAAGGGGAGGGAUAUCACCAACAGGUAUCUGCCUCUUAUGCCUUGUUAAGUGAUAAACCGUCCAUUCUGCUCUUCAUUAAUAGGGGUUCCGCCUCUCCCGAAGUCCGAGGAGCGAGUCAGGAUGCUCUUGUCACCACUAGAGGUGCAGCUUUUCAUUUUGCAACUUUGAAUAAGUUCCAUCCGGAAAAUCAAGAAGCCACUUCAGUGCAACCUUCGGGAACACUAUGGGAGAAAGAAAUGAGUUCCGAGGAGUUCUUGGAGGCAUCUAUUCCAAAGGGCCUACACCAGCAUUCUCAAUCGCUUACGGUGGAUAGAUCAGAUAUCUUGAGUCUUCUGAAAAGCGUUAACUCGGGGGCCGUUAAAAUGCAAAGUGAAAGUGGAGGUUUUGUAAUGGAACUGAAAGCAGUUGCACACAACCAAGACUCUCAUAGUCUGUUACAGGAUCUUAUUGAGAACCACCGAAAGCAAAAGGCUACUCUAAGUGCGUCUGAUUUAUUCAAUCUUCUCUUAGGUACAAGCUCUCGAGGCACCAGUUUGUCGAACACGGUUUUAGGAGAGUCGAUUGGAAAUGACAAACAUUCAAGUGAUGAAGUUAAGGAAAAUUCUGCUGUUAACAUUGAUGAGGUCGAGGAUAAUAUGGAGCUUGUUGCUUCUUCUAACCUCGACCACCAUUUAAAAGGGAAAGCGGUUUUCACUAGGGGUACAGACGAUGAGGGUCAAGGAAGGUACUGCUCAAGAAAAACUACAGAUGAGCAUACCCUUGAAAAGGGGCGAGUGGGGAUUAGCGGGAUUAACGAAGAGUGCUCAAGAAAUGGUGAAGUAGGAUUCGAUGAUCUUGACUUGCGAACUGAUCAUGCAGGAGUUCAAUCUUCAGUCGAUGACAUUGAAAGAUCCACUCAUCCGCUUGAACACUUCUUUGGUAUCGAUCGACAUCAGACUGUUGAAUAUGACGAACAUCCUGCAGAUUCCUUGGGAUUGGAUUUGGAAUGCUCGGGAAAGGAAACAGAGCGAGACCAUAAAGUUUGCAAAGCUAAUGCUGAGGUUGAUAUGCCAAGAAAUGUGCAGCUGGUGCACUUGGGUGAAGCACUUGAUGUUAGUGAUAGUUUUCCUGAAGCUGAUAAACUUGGAGAUGCCGAAUCAAAGGAUUUGUCUGCUCAACACGCAAUAGUACAGAUCCAAAAGAACUCCGUCCUUUCCAGCAAUGUCAGCCCUAGAAUAUCUUUCUUCUUUCGAGAUGGUGAUGACUCGCUGAUGGAAAAGCUUGCCAUGACCACAAAGACUCCUGCAGUAGUAGUUAUAUUUCCGAAAGAUGAGGUUCAUUAUGUUCAUCCAAUAAUUGAAACUUUAACUCAGUCGUCACUUAUUGCGUUCAUAAAUCAAUGUUUUUCUGGUCGCCGUGAAGAAACAGUUCGGUCAGAGACACCUCAAUUACCUAUUAUGGAUGUUCCUCAACCACCUUUUGUGAACCGUGACUUUCAUGACCAUAAUUCGGUGCCUCGGCUUACGGUUACUACGUUUGAUUACGACGUUCUUGGAUUACGUUACGCAAAUCUCUUCGCAGAUGAUGCUCAGAGCAAGCAACGUGAAGUGGAUGCGCCUGACUCAGUGACCCCAGCCUGGAGGAAGGAUGUCGUAGUGUUGUUUACAACCCCAUGGUGUGGGUUCUGCAAGCGGAUGGAGAUUGUUGUCAGGGAGGUUUACAGAGCUGUAAACUACAAUAUGGGCUCAUCUGUACAUGGUUGUGAUGACGAGGAUCUGGGAGACGCACGUGUGGCAGACCUGCAAGCGAGCAAUUCAGAGGAAGCAGAACCAAAUGAAGCCAACAGCAGCCAUCGCAAUGAUGGACUUCCAAGUAUUUUGCAAAUGGACUGCACCCUCAAUGAUUGUGAUUAUUACUUACGGCAUCUUCUGGACCAGGAUGAAACCUACCCUGCUGUUGUUCUUUACCCUGCGCAGAAGAAGCAUGCUCCUGUGAUCUAUGAGGGCGCUCCUGAAAUACAAUCACUUUACCGCUUCAUUGCCACAAAUGGAAUGGCGUCCUCAAAGUUAGCAUGCAGGGUUGCAGGUACAGGAAGGAGCAAGGCAGAUUUGCAUCACACACCAAAGGAUCCUUCUCCCAUGAAAAUUCCUGCUACAGUAACAAUCCCCACUGAUGUGAGAAACGGAUUAUCAACUCCUUUGACAGAGGCUCAUCUUUACGAAGGAAGUGCUGAACAACCAGGCAUGGAAAUCCCUACUCUUUUCAAGUCAGAAGUGGACGCUCGCCACCCUACAGCAGGCACUCUACUUCUUGCAUCACCGCUCUUGGAUGGCACUUCGGUGUUCUCUGGUUGUGUAAUACUGAUUGUUCACGCCCAUGAACAUGGAGAUGUUCGUGGCCUUAUGCUUAACAAGCCUUUAUCUUGGGAUUAUGUUGCGAAGACCAUAGGGCAAGACUCUCUUCACGAGGCACCCCUAGGUUUCGGUGGCCCUGUAGGAGAGCAGAGCCACCCAUUUUUUGUACUUACAAAAGUUCCUGGUUUAGAUGAUUUUCAUGAAGUUAUGCCGGGCGUGUUCUACGGAGUCUCUGCCAAGUCAGUGGAAGAUCUCAUUCAAUUGAUGCAAUCGGGAAAGUUGAUUGAAGCGGAUGUAUGGGUGUUUCUUGGUUGCACAGCUUGGUCAUGGUUCCAAUUGCAAGAGGAGCUUGCCCAGCAGAUUUGGAACGUCUCUGGACACUACAAUGGAUUGGUACAAUGGCCAAGCGGAUGGAGGGUACAUAUCUGAUUGGAGUUUCAUAGAACUAUAAUUCAGGAGAAUGUCGCAACUCUAUCGGCAUGACGAGCACUGAACUUUGAAUACUGAACUGUUUGCUAGUAAUGAGAAGGAACAUGUACAUAAAUUUUAUUGCAAACUGGAUAUUAGUUAUCA